CAAUGGAGUCGUUGAUCGAACUCUGCGAUCUGAUCGCACAAAAUCUUUCGCAGUUUGCUGAUAAAUUGGCUUGGAUUUGUGGCCGAUGUCCACCGAUUGACUCUGUACUCGCCACCGCUAGAUUUCUUUCUAAAUGCCCCAAUUUCGACGACAUGAGGCCCUAA